UGGGCAGAUGGAUGAGUGGCCGGCAGCGCCGGGCGGGGCUAUUUAAGAGGCAGCCUCCUGCUCGCCGCCCUGAACUUGGCUCGUUUUCUCCGCUGCUCCGGCAGAACUGCGAAGCCCGCGGCGUCCUGCUCCGAAGCCAUGAACAGCGGCGUGUGCCUGUGCAUGCUGAUGGCGGUACUGGCGGCGGGCGCCCUGGCGCAGCCGGUGCCUCCGGCGGACCUCGAGGGUCCUGGGGCGCAGCGGGAGGAGGAGGCGCCCCGGAGGCAGCUGAGGGCAGCGCAGAGGAUGGACGGCGAGCCCCGAGCGUACCUGGGCGCACUGCUGACCAGAUACAUCCAGCAUGCCCGGAAAGCUCCCUCUGGCCGACUGUCCAUGGUUAAGAACCUGCACAACCUGGACCCCAGCCACAGGAUAAGCGACCGGGACUACAUGGGCUGGAUGGACUUUGGCCGGCGCAGCACGGACGACUACGAAUACCCCUCCUAAGGCCGCAACCCUCCUGACUCAGAGGAGGCCGAAUAACAAAACAAUCACAUUCAUAAUUCGUUGUCUCUGAAGUCUGACAUUUUAAGUGUCUAUUUAUUAAGUUCUCAAUGUGAGAAAUCUGUAAGAUUUUUCUAGCGCAGCCACGAACCUCAGCAGAAUUGCACAAAUGGAAGACAAAAUGUUUCCCUCAUCCGUGACUCCUGGUCCCAAAGUGUUGCUAUGCUAUUAAAGUGAUUUCAUUCU